AUUGGUAAUAAGGCCCCUGUAGCCAUGGCCAGUUCUGAUGUGAAACCAAAAUCAAUCAGUCGUGCCAAGAAAUGGUCAGAAGAGAUAGAAAAUCUGUACAGAUUUCAACAAGCAGGAUAUCGGGAUGAAAUUGAAUAUAAACAAGUGAAACAAGUUUCUAUGGUAGAUCGUUGGCCAGAGACAGGAUAUGUGAAGAAACUUCAAAGAAGGGACAAUACUUUCUACUACUACAACAAACAGAGGGAAUGCGAUGACAAGGAGGUCCACAAAGUCAAAAUAUAUGCUUACUAACCUUGCUUCUGUGUAUUACUUGUCGAUUAUAUUUUUAUAAUUCAUUUCUUUUUAUCAUGUAAAUGUGAUUUUACAAAAAUAAUUUAAAAGUAUAGUCUUCAAUUGAAUGCUUUGUAGCACAAAACCAUGAAAUUUAGUAUCUAUUAAUCAUCUUGUCCUGUUUAAGGAUAUACACUGAAGUUGUACCUUUCUUGUUUUUUCUCUUUUUGACCAUGUUAGUUGUAGUAGAAUAACCACGGAAUGUGAGGGAACGAUAUCCCCCUUUGAAGCCAUUCUAAUGUUUAGGCUAACCUGUUUCCCCGAAAAUAAGACAGUGUCUUAUUUUAAGGUGUGCUCCCAAAGAUGCGCUAGGUCUUAUUUUCAGGGGACGUCUUUAUCUUUCCUGUAAGUAGGUCUUAUUUUCGGAGGAUGUCUUAUUUUCGGAGAAACAGGGUACUAAUGUAUUUUCUUAUAGCAGAUACUGUGAGCGCACUACCCACACCUGGCUUGCCUUUACCUCUUUAUAGAAGAUCAUUUGAAAUGCUAGAUCUCCAUUUUGUGGCCCAAGGGUACACCUGGGGGUUCCCCCACCUAAGGCACCCUAAAUUCCAAUGCUGCCUGGAAUCACGGCAGACACAGCUGAUCACGAGUGAGGAAGGUCGCAUUAACAUUGAAGCUUAAAAAGUCCUCUCCUCAAAAAUAGUAAGUCUUGGAUAUUUUGAGACUUACUAUACAAAAUACAUCUUUCUAAAUUUUAACUACUUUUUCACUGUUAAGUUUGUGAUCAUGUGAAUUAUGACCUUUAAAUAGAUUUUUGGAUAGUGGCCCAUGUCCAUUCAUUCAUUCAAAUAUAGCUCCCAUUUUUCUGAACCACUGUCUUCAUCGUGAAACUCCAUUAAUUUUCCCAAUUCGAACUUGUGCCUGUUCAACAACUCUUAAUGGCUAAAACACAUAUCAUGGAAAGGGUAUGUAGAUUGUCAAGCCUCUUUUAUUUUUCCAUUCCCAAUGCUGCCUGGAAGAUAAGAUGUUGCCACUUAUCUCAAGUCAUUUUUUUUGCACUUCUCAGCUCAUGAUUUUUAUCAUCAUCUUCCAGAUUUGGCAGAUAGUACAGUUUGAAGGUAAUCCCUCAGGUUCAUGUACUGGGAACUUAAUCACCAAGUCAACAGUACUGACAGGUGGGGCCUACUAAGAGGUAAUUAAUGUCAUUAUCAUGGGAGGAACGGGUAUUGUUAUAAAAGUGAGUUCAGUUCCCUCUCACUCUCUGCCUCCCACCGUGGGCUGAUGCAGCAUGAAGGCCCUCCCCAGAUCCAGUGCUAUGCUCUUGGAAUUCCCAACCCCCAGAGCCAGGAGCCAAAUAAACUUCUUUUCUUUAAAAAUUACCCAGACUCAGCAUUU